AUAUAUAAAUCACCAAAACCCUCUCUAUCAUCUCAUUUGCUUUCUCUUUCCUUCAGUUCUCUUUUUGCUUUUUCUUCCACUCCUUCAUUUUCUCUUUUUUGGUCUUUUCCACUUUCUCAGUCUGUUCUCUUCAAAUCUAUCCAAAUCCCCAGAUUCCAUCUUCUUUCAUCUGAUUGUUCCUAUCAACUGUAUUAUAUCAAAUCCUCAAUCUAUCAUCUCAUUGCCUUCACCUCAUUGCCUUAUUUGUCCCAUUUCAAUUUAUAUGUAAGCGCUACCACUUAAUUCCAAUUGAUGCUUUGUUUUUCCAAUCUCGUUUGAUCCUUUUUCUUUUUUCACAUCGGCGUUUAUUUGUUUUUUUUCCUUUCUAAUUCCAAUUAGCUUCAUAAUCUUAUUCACAAUCUUAUUCUUAACACUAUCCAUAAUUUUCUUUCUUUCCGAAAAUGUCUGAAAUACUAGAACCAGAAUACUCCUUUUUCAAUAAUAACUAUAACCAUAACCAUAACCAUAACCAUAACCAUAACCAUAACCAUAGUCACACAAAUAACCUCGAUAACCCCAUUAAUCACAAUGUCUCUAAUAAUAACAUCAACACUAAUAACUCCAACAAUAACCACUUCAAUAAUGAAUCCCAUCCAACCCAUAUAUCAAAAAUAACUGAAAUAUUUAAAAAUCAUAACACGAAUAACAAUAUCAACAAUAAUAUCAACAAUAACAUCGAUAUUAAUAACAAUAACAAUAAUAACAACAAUAACAAUAUCCAAGAUAAAUCAAUCAUCCCAAAUAAAAAUACAAAUGAUCCCUUUAUCUACAAUUUCAUCAACCUGGAUUUCAUUUCUUCCGCUUCAAGCUCUCUAAAAUCUUAUUCAAACUUAUUCUCAAACAUUAAUUAUAACAACAAUAACAAUAAUAACAACUCAAAUAUCACAAAUAACAACCAUAACAUCAACAUCAACAUCAACACAUCAUCAAUCGCCAAUAACUACCCUCUUUCAAACUCUUUAACAACCUCCUCAAACACUUCCUACAAUAAUAACUACAGUUAUGUCAAUGAUAUUAACUAUCAAUAUUACUUGAAAAACUUUAAAAAAAAUAAUUACAAUUACGAUCAAUUUCACAAUGAUAUUAAUCAAAACAUUUUAAAAUUACAAAAUUCAAUAGAUUUCAAUAACAAUAAUACUGCCUACAAUAAUAAUCCUAAUAAUAACAACUCCUUAAAAAAAUUACUUCCUUUAAACUCAUCCUCUUUAGUCACAAUCUACGAAUUCAAUAAUCUAAGAAAUUCAAACAAACAAUCCUCAAACAAAAACAAAUCAAACUUCAAAUUUUCCCUAUCUCUUUUACCUCAAUCUAUACUAUCAAAGAUCAUCAACAACAUCUCCUUUCAAUCUGAUCUAAUUCAACUAGCACAAUCAAACUCAUUAUUUCACAACCUUGUCAAAUUAAAACUUUACAAUAAAAUACUCAUCACUGACAAUAACUACAAAAAUACUUCAAAUAAUCAAUUCAUAAAUAUUAACUACACCAUUCUACCUCUAAAAAAUCUUGAUCUAUUCAUUGAUUCUUUAAAUCUAUCCUUAUUUAAAAAAUCAAUCAUUAAUGAAAUUACAAUCAUAUCCAACUCAACCUCAAAUCGUUCAAAUUUUAUCAACAAUACUAACCCUUAUCAACCUCUAUACCAAAAAUUGUUCUUCAUCUUUCAUCAAAAUACCUCAAAUCCCGAUUCGCUUUCUAAUCCAACUUCCUCCUCCUCCUCUUCCUCCACCUCUUCAACUUCUCUUUUCAAAUCUUAUUUAUCCUUCAAUAAUUUCGAUUAUAUCAAUGUUAAAAAUUUUGGCGAUUUUAUCACCUUUAAUAAAAAUCAAAUUUUAUUUAACUCAUUCCAAAAAAAUCAACUAAUUCAGCCUAAAAAUUCAGCUUUUUAUAAUGAAAGUAAUACCCAAUCCCGUUUCAAUUCAAAUCAUAAAACUUCCUCUUCCUCAUCUUCUUUACUAUCCUCUUAUAAAAAAGAUAUUUAUAAUAAUAAUAUUCUACCAUUAUCCUCCUAUCAAAUUACUGUACUAAAUAAUAUCAACAUUUUACCCACCGCAAUUGCUAAAAAGUUAAUCGUCUUUUCUUAUAACUCUUCAAAGAUUUAUAGAUUGCCUUUUAAGUUGAAUUUUAAAGGUUUCAAAAACUUAUUAGCUUUAACUAAUUUAUAUUUGAAUUCUUGGUUUUUAUCUUUUGAAUUUAUUCAAAAUUUUAUUUAUUUCAAAAAUUACUUGAUAUCUUAUGCUGCUGGUCAAAUACUUCCAUCUCAAAAUGAAACAGUCAUUGAUGUAGACAAUCAACACCAAAAUGACAAUUACAUUCAAAAUCAAAUUAAUUACCUAAUUGAAAAUAGUGAUUUAAAAUUAUCAAAUUUGAAAACUUUUAGCAUAACUUCUUUAGAUAAUACAACUCUUUUUAAUUUCGAUAAUUUGAAUUUAAUUGUCAAUUUGAAUGAUAUCAACAAUCUUGAAAUUAAAUUUAGAUCUGAUGAUAUCUUGAGUAACGACAAUUCCGUUGUUGAUUUCUUUCAUGAUUGGCGUCAUUAUUGUAAUCAAUUGAUCAAAAAAAAUAAAUCAAAUAAUAUCGGUAAUAAAAAUAACAAUAAUAAUAAUAAUAGUAAUUUUUAUAUUACCGAUGAUUCUGAUUCAAAUUCAAAUUCUGAUUCAUACUCAGACUCAGAGUCAGAUUUAAAUUCAAACUCAGAUAAUGAUUCAAUAGUAGAUGACGACGAAGAAAUGGACAAUGAAUAUCUUUAUAUCAAUUUCGAUAAAAAAAAUAAAAAUAAUCAAAUCAAUCAAAAUACUUCUAAAACUCAGAUCUCACCCAAUAAUUCUACAAAUAUUGAUAAUAAAAUCCUUAAAAAACCAUUUGAAAAUAUUCAAAAAUUAUCAUUAAUCAAUUACUCCUAUUUUGAAUCAGACAGCUAUAAAUAUAGUCAACUUUCAAAAAAUGAACUUGAUGAAAUUUCUAUAGUCAAUGAAUUUUAUUGGCACGAAGUUUUAUUAAACUAUAUACCUUAUUUCAAGAGCUUGAAAUAUUUAUUCCUUGGUCUAAGUAGUGGAGACAUUAAUCUCGAUGAUAUCCUGGAUGAAAAUAUUUUAGAAUCUCAAAUUGUUGAGAAAAGAAAAAUCUUCCAACUAAUUUUAUUCAAUUUAAAUAAAAACUUGAAAACUUUAAUUCUUCCAGAUUUCUUAUACAAUUGGUCUAUUUUUUUAAUUUCUGAUUCGGCUUUCAACUCUCUAGAUUAUAAUCAUUCCAUUCAAUUUGUCAAAGACUUGAAUAGAUGUUCUUGCCUUGAGUGUUCAAAAUCAAGAAAAUUAGUCGACAUUUAUUGCAAUAAUGGUGUUGAAGAAAGUCAGAUUUUCAAUAGAAACUAUACUCAUUUUUUAGAUGAAAAAACAUCUUUGAAAUUGACCAGUUACAAAUCUUUUUACAAAUUUGUUCUUUCCAAAUUGAAAUCACGACUUUUAAUAUAUAAUACAAAAAAUUCAAUUAAUAUAUACUCAGGACUAGAUAUGGACAUGCUUCCUUGUUCUAAAAUGGUUUUUGAUCAUGAAAAAGAUUUAUAUAAAAUAGCAAUUACUCAUUUCUAUUCUAUUGUGAGACUAAUCAUUCACUCAAUUAUUCCACAUCUACAAGAAAUAACUUUUUGUUUAAAAAAUAUACGAAGAGUUAAUCUUGGGGGAAUUGAUUUUUUGAUUCGAAAGAAUGAUAUUAUAUGUAUUUGUGACGACUUUAAUGAAAUAAUUAGCAGACAAAACUUUUAAUAAUGCUGGGUAUUUUUAUAAUAAUCAUAUUUUUUUUUUUGGUUCUAAUUUUUAUCUUAUGUUUUUACUUUAUAUUUUAUUUUUU